GGCAGUGGCGCCCUCUGACGUCCGGAGUAGACACCCCUCGUCAUGGCGGCCCAGAUCCGAGCUCUUGUGUCUGGUCCGUGGCUGGCCGACGCCAUCAGAAACAACCUGGUGGGAGCCAAAAUUCGAGUCCUCGACACGUCAUGGUUCCAGCCGAAGAUGAAGCGCAACACCAGGCAGGAGUUCGGCGAGAGGCACAUCCCGGGCUCCUGCUUCUUCGACAUUGACGAGUGCUGCGACCGGAGCUCCGAGUUCGAUCACAUGCUGCCCACGGCGGCCCACUUCUCUCGGUACGUGGGGGACCUCGGUGUCGGGAACGACACCCACGUGGUGGUGUACGACAGCAGCGACUUCGGGGCAUACAGCGCGCCGCGGGUCUGGUGGAUGUUUCGGCUGUUCGGGCACAACCUGGUGUCGGUUCUGGACGGUGGCCUGAGGAACUGGCUGGCGGAGGGUCACCCAGUGACGUCAGAGCUGACCGAGACGGAGCCGAAGGACUUCCGGGCUCUGCUGAAUCCGUCCUGGGUGAAGAGCUACGAGGAUGUGCUGGAGAACAUCAAGACCCGACAGGUCCAGGUGGUAGAUGCCAGGUCUGCUGGCAGGUUCCGAGGCGUCGAGCCGGAACCGCGAGAUGGAGUUCUGCCAGGCCACUUCCCUGGCGCCAUCAACAUGCCGUUCACCUCCUUCCUGGAUGCGUCGGGGAAGCAGAUCCCACUAGAGGACAUGUCGCAGAGGUUCAGAGAGGCUGGGGUGAACUUGGACGAGCCCCUGUGGGUCACCUGUGGGUCAGGGGUCACAGCUUGCCAGGUGGUUCUCGCCGCUCACCUCCUGGGUCACCCCGGGCCGUGUGUCUAUGACGGGUCCUGGGCCGAGUGGUUCCAGCGGGCAGCGCCAGAGAACAUCAUCACCGAGGGCGAGGCCAAGAAGUAGGCAGCCCCGAGAGAAGAAACCGUUCCAGCACGAUGCACUUGUCCAGCAGUGCGUGUUCACUGUGGGCUCAGCUGAGGACAGCUGGACUGUGAACAUGCUUCAGUGUGUAGCAGCAGCACGAAUGUCAUUACUGCCAGAUCAUGGUGCCUUUAAAGUAUGAAGCUUUGACAGACUGUUCUAUUCUAAUAAAAGACAGUUGAAAACCCUACAUUCUGCGG